GUCACAGAUCGUGCGACACUCUCCGACUUUAAGUUCAGGGCUGGCCUUAAACGUUCACUUGGGGACUCUGAGAGCACACAGAAUUUGGGUGCAAAAUCCCCAGCGUCUGCCCGAGGCGGACGCAUGCGCUAUUACGCCCGCCGCGGGAGGCGGAGCGUGGGGAUGGACAGGGUACACCGCCUGUCGGAGCCUAGUCCCGCCUUCCUCCGGCAUCCGGCGCGGACGCCAUGGUGCGGUUCAAGCACAGGUACCUUCUGUGCGAGCUGGUGUCCGAGGACGCGCGCUGCCGCCUGAGCCUGGACGACCGCGUGCUGGGCGGGCUGAUCCGGGACACGAUCGCCCGGGUGCACGGGGCCUUCGGUGCCGCCGCCUGCUCCGUGGGCUUUGCAGUCCGAUACCUCAAUGCCUACACUGGAGUCGUGCUACUGCGAUGCCGGAAGGAUUUCUACCAGCUCGUGUGGUCAGCCCUUCCUUUCAUCACCCAUUUGGAGAACAAAGGCCACCGUUACCCGUGCUUCUUCAACACCUUACACGUGGGAGGUACCAUUAGAACCUGUCAGAAGUUCCUGACCCAGUACAACAGGAGGCAGCUGCUGAUCUUGUUGCAGAAUUGCCCUGAUGAAGGAGAACGGGAAGCCAUCCGGAAGUCUGUAUCGAGAAGCUGUCUGCUGGACCGAGAGCCCGUGGAAGAGCUUUCCGACAGUGCUGGUGAGGAGGUGGCAGAAGCCAUGGAGUGACCCUGUCGAGGCCCACUUGUGGGAUCAGGACAUUACGGGAGGUGACAGCAGCAUCCCACAGGUCUCCAAUGGAAAUGACUGACAACCAGCAUACAGGUGACAGCUUGAAGCGGAGGGCUUGCUGCCUUCCCUUCCCUCCAUGGUUGUGAAGGCUCUGUGUGCAGACAUUUUGGAUGUAAUUGCUUAGCUUGUGGGUGGAAUAAGCAUUCUUGGCUUCCAGGGCAAUAUUCCUAAACCAUAAAAAGUGCACUUGCCUUGAAUGCGCUUCCUGUGUGGUUCGAGGUGAGUUUUAAAUGUUCCUAGACCCUUAAUAGAAGAACACAUGUAAAUCUGGGCUUGGUGGUACACAGACCGGCUUUUCUCUUGAGUUUGAGGCCAGCCAGGGUUCCACAGAGAAAGUGUUUCAGGUGAGGUGGGUUCAAGCAGAAACAUUGAAUAACCAGCAGCUACACUUAAUAACCCAGGUCAGUUCAGCACUGUGUCCAGGACUGCGAAUAGCAGGGCAUCCUCAGUGUACCGUGGCCUAGGUGCCUUUCAGCGGACCCCAGUGAGGCGUGAGUGUGAUCCUGGCCUUGGGAGGCGGGCUGAUGUGAAUGGGAACGGCUCCCAUAGAUCUGAAGACUUUAGUCCCCAGUUGGAAGGAUUGGGGGUGCAGCUUGUUGAAAGGGUCCCAGGUAGCUCUCUCUGCCUCCUGCCUGUCUGCCAUCAAGCUCUGCAGGAUGGCUUACAACUGACUCUCCCCUUUAAACAACGGGCACUUAAAAAGGUUGGGCUCAGCUUCCAGCUCCCACACGGAGGCUCACAAGCAAAUGUAGAGGGACUCCAGUUGCAGGGACCAACAGGUAGGCAUGCAAACACCUUUUCGGAGGUCUUUAAAAAAACCGUGAGGGGCUGUGAAAGGGCCAAACCUCUCUUGGUAAGAAGGGGUACCAACAGGCACAGCCUCCCCUUCACAUAUUCGGGUGCCUGUCCGUGGCACAGCCACUUCCCAGGAGGAAAACCUGUGCUCACUUUGGGUUGAGAAAAUUAACAUCAAAAGGUCUAAGGUGCAAAUGAAUAUGCUUUCAGGAAGGCAGCUCAUGUGAGUGUCAAUACUUUAUUUUGGUGUAAAGAGGGGAAGCUGGAAAAUACACUGUAUUUAAAAUUUUCUUGGUUCCCCCUCACUUUGUGGAAAGCCCCUCCCCCCGCCCCAAGCUAAUCAAUCAAUCUGUUCAAACUCAAAUACUUAAAAGAUUACAGCAGCAAAACAAAAGCACAGGAAACUGAUGGAGAAGUGUCACUUGGUGUGGACGACCGAGGUGCUGAACAGCAACUUCUGCUUAUGUCUCUUCCUUUUCUUCCCUCCUCUGUCUUCUGAGGGGAAACAGCGAGAGCACACUUAGUCUACCAAGAGGAGGCACGAGGACUGUGGGCACUGAGGUGAACUGGCUAGAGAUGGCCCUAGGCUUAAGAUCACCCAGGUCUGAUUCCCAGAACCCACAGGGUGGCUCGCUACCAGGUGCAGCUCCACGUCAGGAGAUUUGAGCUCCAAAACAUCAAACAUGCAGGCCAAACACAUAAUAAAAGAGUUCCUCAGAAUUCCACUUCUGGACCUGAAGAAUUCACCUAGGGUGGAUAAUAAGCCCCGUGUGGGCACUUGGUACCUGCCACUGACCCAGGCAGGAACUGCAGCACGCGUGGCUAAGCCUGAGCUCUGAGCUGAGGGAGUUUCUGGCCCUUACCAGAGAGGGGGUCUGACGUAGCUGGUGUGUCCAAUUUCAUGAAGGCUGCUUCCAUAGCUUGGCUGAAGGAAUUUUGGAAACUGGGCACAGGAACACGGUCAGAAUUGUCACUCUCCCCAUCGCUGUCCACAGGGGCAGGAGGAACCAAGCUAUUGUCAUCUGAAAAGGGCAGUGUUAAGAUUGCAACCCUUGUAUUGAGAGGGGGUGUCAGAUCUGCCCUCGCCGCCCACCCGCUCUCACCUUUCUUUGGAGCAGUUUUGGGCCACCCGUCUGCUUUUGCUUUGCCAACCCUCAGCAUCUGCCAAGCAGGACAGAAGGAAAAAAGGAUAAUAUGGGGCAUAGAGACCUUAUCUCAAAAAAAAAAAA